CAUCUAAAACUAACAUUAAUGGUAUUAAUAUAUUCUAAAAAGUCAGCUAAUUAGAUGAACAGAAAGCUUGUUAAAUUCAAGUGUAUUGUUAGUUAACUGCCUGUACUGACUUUGUAUUUUUUCUUACACUUCUUUAGAAACUAAAAUCUCUUAUUUCCUUUAGUCUUCCCAUGAGGAAAUUGUAUUUUGUCUCCCUUAAAUUUUGUUUUAACUCUCUGUAUCUCAUUUGCUGCAGCAAAAAAGAACAAAACUAAAAGAAAUCUGAAGUAUAAAAUGAGACCAAAAUUAUCUGGGAUGAAAAGCUGUAUUACCAUUUUACACAGAAGAUCUGUAAUGCUGUAAUGUUUUUUUGGUAUUAUUUCCAAUCUCCUCCUCAACACAUUUUUGCAAAUUACUCAGUUCUCUCAGCAGUCUGAAACAGAGACUUGAGCUGGAUUUGGCCAAAGAUUUCAUAAAGAGAAAAAAAAAAGUUAAGACUCCCUCAAAACAACCCCCUAUUAGGUGCUGAUUAGUUGCUGAUGAAGUGAGUUGAGAGACUCAAGUCCUAUUCCCUUACCCGAUACUGGCUUGAAAUGAGCCAUUUAUGUAAGGGAACUUAAAACAAACAGGAAACCCCUCCAAAUUCUGUGCAUUCAAUUUUAUCUCCUUUCAGUAUGAUUUCUCUGGAAUUGAAAUAAAAUCAGUAGAAGUUGAGCGUCUUCAACAAUUCUUAAGAAAAUCAGACGACUGGUAUCAGAAACGGAAACAACAUUAGAUCAACCUUUGAAAAAUAUAAACAUUUGGGGCCUCGCUUUCCUCUGACAUCAAACAGACGUAACAAUAAGCUACUCUGCUUUCUGUUUAUUAUCAAUAGUAUUCUGCACAAAAGCGACUAAAAGACAAGACCCUGGAAAAGUGAGGAACACUAGGAAGUUCAGACAUGCCAGCAGUGUGCCAUUGCAGCAUGCUGAAUGUAACACAGCUGCCUUUUACCUUUCUGAUGCUGAGUCUCAUGGCAGAUGCUGAACACGAUGAGCAAUGAAUGAGGGUGACUUAAGAACACUAAUCCUCAGCCACACUGUCUGAUGGGGCAGCGUGUGCCUAAAGCUCAGGUUCUGUCCCAGAUACAGCUCAACACGGUCUUCCUCUUCCCCAAAAGGUGAUCAACAUCUUUCCACUUCCAUCCAAUGAAGGAGACGCUCUGGACAAGGAAGAGACAACCACAAACAGCUACGUAACGUCAGAAAGGUACAGACAGCCAAGUUUGGGAGAGGAAGUGCAUUACUUUGUUCUCAUGCAACACUGUUCCAAUAAAUAUCUGUCAUGGUAUUUAUUACACGUGGCAGCUCCCAAGUAACUACCUGCUGCAGUGGAAACUUAGAAGGGAUCAAAAAGGUUCUUCGUCUGCAAAGAUGGAUCAUUCUGUAUGUGCAUAGAGCAUGGGAAAACACAGCCUGCAACACCUCAGCAACUCCAGAAGGAAGCAGAAGACAACGCUCUACAAAUCACUCCUUUGCCAAGUAACAAUAAUUCAAUUAUAAAAAUAAAAUGCAGAACCAUUUGUGAAUAUCUACAGAAAUUACAUUACAUGAAGAACAAGUUCAGGCUGGUCUUAACCAGAGGAAAACAUAAACUUCUACUCAUGGAGAAGAAACAAAGUUUAAUUUGCUCAUGGAUGAGUGAAGUCCAAACCUGUGCAUUCAGUUUUGGUGGACUCUGCCCUUCCUUGGCACUUAAGAUCCAGGACUGCAGAGCUUAAAGAAGAAGGCAGCCCUCACAGCUUGGAUCCACUGCCGGCUCUCCAGGCUGCUGCCCCAGCAAUUACCAACCCAGAAGCUGCAAACAUCAACAAAGAAGGUUAAAGAGGAGACAUGAAUCUUGAAGAGUAUUUUGCAAGAACUGGGUAUAGAGGUUCCCUUGAAAAUCAAGAUUUGGAAACCUUAACUGAUAUAUUCCAGCACCACAUUCGUGCCGUUCCAUUUGAAAACCUCAGCAUCCAUUGUGGGGAGAAAAUUACUUUGGAUCUGGAGCACGUUUAUAACAAAAUCGUGCACAAGAAGCGCGGUGGUUGGUGCAUGGAAAAUAACCAGCUGUUAGGUUGGGUCCUGAAGUGCCUGGGGUAUGACACCAGCUUUUUGGGAGCAUACGUGUUCAACCCGCAUGAGAACGCAUAUGCCACCAUCAUGACCCACCUCCUAGUAAAGGUAGUUAUUGAGGGAAAAGCCUACAUUGUUGAUGCGGGUUUUGGUGUAUCCUACCAAAUGUGGCAACCGAUGGAGCUUGUAUCAGGGAAAGACCAGCCCCAGGCUCCUGGCAUCUUUCGUUUCACAGAAAAGAAUGCCAUCUGGUACCUUGAGAAAAUGAGACGGAAACAAUAUAUCCCCAAUCAGAAUUUCUCUAAUUCUGAUCUUCUAGAGAAAAAAGACUGUCGGAAAGUGUAUAUGUUCAGUCUGGAGCCACGGGCAGUGGAGGAUUUCUGUUUUCAGUGCACGUACCUUCAGACGUCUCCAGAUUCCCUCUUUACAAAGAAGUCCAUCUGUACCCUUCAGACCACCGAAGGUUUCCGAGCGCUCAUUGGGUGGACACUCACUGAGACCAAAUACAAUUACAAGGAAAACAUGGAUCUGGUGGAGUUUAUAACCCUUAAGGACGAGGAGGUGGAGGAGACACUGAGAGAUAAAUUCAACAUCACCCUAGAGAGAAAGCUUGUCCCAAUUAACGUCAAAGGAUUUUAUACAAUCUAGAUGACUGGAAAAACCCAUGGUAAUGCUUCAUGCAUACAGAAUCUUCCAUGUCUUUGCAAUCACUACUGCAAGAUCAUGGGAUUCCCUUGCAGGCGACUGGAGGAAAAAAAUACAUUAAUACCAGAUUAAAGUGAAUUUCACUCUGGAGAAAGGAGAAAAUCAGGGAUUUAAGACUCAUCUGUCAGGUAGAUAGAAUUAUUUUCUGUGAGAUGACUGCGGUUCAAUUUUUUGGCACAAAUGUAGAGACUGAUUUGAAUCUGGUUAUAAACUUGGGUAAGAAAUAUCUCAGAGUAAUUUUGGAGUGCCUAUAGCACAUAAAUUGGAGUAAGGAUUAUUAACUGUGAUAUGCUGCCAACACAUUUUCUAUGGCCAUUAUAGGAAAAAAAAAAAAGUCAUCUGUGAGCUUUUAGACAAUGAAGUAUGCAUUUAAAACUUCAUUUUUCACAAGAUCUAACCACUCACUGCUCAUCUCAUUACCUUUAAUAUAGGUUGAACAAUAUUGUCAUCUUUGAAAGCAGCAUUAGGAGGUGUAAUUCUUUCACCAUCAUCCUUAGAUGAAAACACAGUACAAAACGAAAAUUAUCAAGUGCAUCCCUUCUGUCAUUACUGAAGUAAACUGCCCAAGGUAAUUUUUAGUACGUAGGUAUUUUUCCUUUGAUGCAAACUGUAUAUACGGCAGCAUUAUUGUGUCUGAUGGGUUCUAAGGAGAUACCUACAAGCUUUGUGUCUGAUAAAUAAUCAUCCUGUAACGGGUUGAGUGGUGCUUAGAUGUCUCAACUAGCUUAGAUUUACUUCUACCUCAAAUGGGGUAGAAAUUUCAUGUUUCCAGUAUUGCAAAUUAUUUCUAUAACACAAGUAGAACAAUGAAGCUAACCCUGCUAUAGCCUUAAACCUACCCUGCUUUUUGUGUAUAGCAAAUAUGGGAGUCCACAUGCUAUCCCAAAUAACUAAUGCUUAGCAUAAGCUCUCUAGUGUCACAAAUUAGUCUCAUCACCUGUAUUCAAUUGAAGAAAAGAAUAAAACAAACCACCAUGAACCCAACCAAAUAUGAAGAAACUCCUUUCUUUAAAAAGUAUUUCACAAUUGCAUAUUCCCAUUAAAAAUACGUUUCCCCAUCACGCUUUUCUGCAAAAAGCCUGACCAAGAAAACCACUGAGAAAGCAAAAAUGCUCUCAAGAGCACAAGAUCAGCAGCAACACUGGAAAACAUCCUUUUUCUCCUUCGCAUGAUAAUAAAGGAAAACAAAAACAAAGACUUGCUGUAAGUAGAGCCUCCCCCAGUUACUGCAUGACUCUCUCAUGCGCUAAUAGCUAAGUAAAUGAGGUCUGCACAGUUGUGCUGGUCAAAACUGCCCACCACAGAUUCCUUGAACCAAACAGGCCAAUACCAAAAUCUGAGAGGCUUCUGUAAAGCUCGCAGGUUGAAGAGGACAUUCCCUACCACAUCCUAUGCUGGGCUGGCUCCUCCCUGUCCAUUGGCCAUAGUGGCAGUUCUGCCUGUUCAGGGACAGAGAAAUAAGGACCAAGCAGGAAGCAAUAGGAGACACUGAAAGAUCUUACUGAGGUUUACACUGUUUUUCUAUGAGCAAUGGAACUAAAGACUUUCUUCUAUAAUUUGUGUUCUUACUACUACAUCACACCAAGGUCUCAUUAAGGGUUUUUACCCCUUUCUAAGUGAUUGAUCACAACAAGCUGUUCCUCAAGACCCCAAGGAACAUUCUGAGUUUCAGAACACUUACCGCCUCCAUUUUGGCUGUCAGAACAUCCCAUCUGCAUUCAACCCAGGUCACAAAACCAUAUUCCUCUGUGCAGUGAACUACAGCUGUUCUCUGGUGCUGCUGCCUUUUGUCUUGAGGGCAACCAUUUACAGGCUAGUUAUUCUGCCUCUGUAUUUCUCUAGAGAUGUUCCUGCUAUUGCUCCCAGGUAAUUGCUCAGGUUGCAACGCAAAAGGCUUCCUCAAGCCGAGCACUAUAGGCUCAUACUUUAACCAUGCCUGUAAAGAUGAGAUUCAACACAGGUACCCUUUCAAGUAUUAUGUUCAUACUUCAGAUUUAUGGGACAGACAAUGACUGAAGCUCCAACCCUUUCUCUGACUCCACCUGUUGAUAACAGCUCACUGAGAUGGGUUUUUCUUUUCCAUGUUACAAGCAUAACUGGGUCCUCACCAUGCAGCAUCAAAACACAUUAAGAAAAGUCAACACGUACAGGAACAGCUCCACAGUUUAACUAAAGCUCCUGAUAAGCUGACAAAAAGCCUGAAGUUAUUGGGGCGUGAAUGUCAGACCCAAAAUGUCUCAAAGGUUUGAGAUGAGAACGGUGCAAAAACAAAUGAAACCAAACAACCCCAGAGGCCUCCUGCUGCAGUUUCACUAGCAAGGCGUUACUGUAAAAGACAGACACUCUCCUACACCAAAAAGGAACAAACCAAACAAGUAAUUAAAGCAUCAACUCUCAGAGAAGCUUGUAUUCACAUGCAGUAAGGAAACACAGAAUCACACAGCUGCAAGGCACUCUGACAUCCUUUGCCAUCACUAUACCUUAUUAACAACCUCUCUUUAAGGUUUAAUGAGAGCCUAAGCUACUGUGCAGUUUUCAUUGCAGAUUGUUGUUCACAUGAAGCAGAACAAACGUGUAGAAUCCCCUGCCUGCCCCCCCCCCCCCCCCCCACUUUUAUAAUUCCAAAUAAAAUCUACAAGUAUAGCAUUCCAAUUAACAGAAAGAUGAGACCAUUUCUUUUUAAGUCUGAAUUCUGGAGCAGCUCCCAGAAUCCCAGCCCAGCUGCCCAUUACACACACACACAAUGCCCAAUGGCAACGACAGCCAUCCACAAUUGUAUAAUGGAGAAUCUUAUUAGAAAACAAGACGCAUAACGGAAGAAACACAGUUCAAACUCCAUGGCCCCACUGCCCAUCCUCCUCCCUCUCCAAAGAGUCAAAGUUUAAGCAGCUCAUGCAUUACUAAAGGGAAGAUUCGGGAUGUCUCAUUGCAGUUGCGCUCCGGUCUUGUAGUUUUUAAGAUCCAAUUCCAAGCAGAAUAAAAGCAGCAAAAGAAGAAGCAUCAGCAAUAAAGAUGAAGUUGUUCAGUUCCAACAUUUCCAAGACUGACUGUCAAAAGAGGGACAAAAAUUCCACCUGUCAAGACGUAUAUUUAAACUUAACACAGUGAGCUGUCAGCAGGCAUGAACUACAACACACUUUGCUUGUUCACCCUAAUAGGUACCUUAAUACAACAGGCACAAACAC